UAUUUUUUCAUAUUGGCCGAAGAUGGAAGUGAGAGGUGAAGCUAGAGGAGAGAAUGGUUGCUUCUUGGGAGCCAUGAGCGCCCUCUUGAACGCCAUCAGACACCGGCUUAGACCAAAGCGAAGACGACAGAGGACCAAGAACCACCGGAUCUGUUGCAACUCUGCUAUGGCUAAGAAAAAGUCGGCAAAAGAGAGAAAACCUACCUGGGCCUAUUCUGGGCUUAACGCCAAGCCGAGUAAGCUAAACCACGUGGCUAAAGGCACACCUGCUAACGCAGAACUCCAGGAAAGACUUAAGUCUUCCGUGCGGGCUUUUGAAGAGAAGCGCAAGCCACGCUGGGUGGUUCUCCAGCCUGCUGAACCAGCGGGUCAGGCAGAGGUAAUAAUGGAGAACACUGAGGCUGGAGAGGACCCUGCUAAACAACCAAGGGAUAUGGCAAGCAUGAAGAACACUCAGCUUGGAGAGAAUCCUCAGCAUGGUGAAUUGGAUCUUCAGGCUGAUGAACCACCAAUUUGGGUUGUGGCUAAUGCCCAUAUGUGGAGGGAGAUGACCAGACAAGAUGGUCCUUUUGUCACAGCUGGCCCUGACUCCAUUUCCCCUGUCCCAUCUGACUGGACUCUUGAACACCUCAUGGAGAAUCUUAAGUCAUCAGCAGACGAUGACGAGGGAGACCAAGCUGGCCCUGGCUCCAGUUCCCCUGUCCCGUCUGACUGGACUCUUGAACACCUCAUGGUGAAUCUGAAGUCAUCGGCAGACAAGGAAGAGGGAGACAAAGCUGGCCCUGGCUCCAGUUCCCCUGUCCCUUCUGACUGGACUCUUGAACACCUCAUGGUGAAUCUGAAGUCAUCGGCAGACAAGGAAGACGGAGACAAAGCUGGUCCUGGCUACAGUUCCCCUGUUCCAUCUGAAUCUGCUCUUGACCACCUCAUGGAGGAACAGAGUUCAUCAGCGGAUAUGACUGGAGAGGAUCUUCAGCCUAAUGAACCACCAACGGGCCCUUUCAGUUUCGUUGUCCCAUCUAAAUGGGCCUUUGACCAUAUGAGUGGGUGUGAGGAGCAGGACAGUCGUCCAUACGCCAUGGUCUUCUACUGA